GCCGCCCCCAGGGGCGGGCCCGCCGCCCGCGCAGACGCUCUCGCCGGCUCCGAGUGGCCUCGUGUGCCGUUGCCGCCCGGGAAAGGGGGCAAGAAACAAGGCUGAGAGAAGAACCCCCUCUCCUGCACCCUCCAGAACCAGUUGAGCAGGGCAGCCGGUAAGGCCAGCGUCUCGCACCUGCCCAUUGCAUGCCCCGCGGCACACCAUCGACCUGUCGUGUUUCCACGGGACCGGUGGCAUGCAUUUGCGAAAUUCCUGGUAGCAGCGCAGUGCCAGCAGUCAAGGGUGGCCUGGAGGAAAAUUCGGUUUUUCCCUGCAACAAGCUGGGAUUGACAAACCACAAAGGAAGGAGGAGGGGAUCCUGAAGCAGUAACAGACUGUUUGCUCCCGGACUCUGUCCAAGCGGACUGCUUCCGCAUCAGUGCUGUUCCCAGUGGGACUAUGGAAGGAAAAGAGACAUCACCAAGUCAUCACUCAGGGGAGAGCAGCAUAUUGGACCUACCGUCUGUUUGUGACCUAGCAGAGCACUUUCUGCCUCCACACAGCUCUGAAAACAGCGAGGAGCUUUUUCAUUCUGUGGAUACUUUUCCCUCUCCACCCACAGGAGAGAACAAUCUACCAUCUGCAGCUCCUCCGAGCUUUUCUGCUGGAAGCUCUGGGAAAGCAAACAUGAGAUGUUAUCCAAAAGUGGGGCUGUGUGAGACCACUGAACCUAAUGAUGCUGCUCUCUCAUGGGUGUAUGAACAUGAUAGUGCGGAAGAUACCAGUGUCAGGAAAUGUCUUGAUGGCUUCUACAAAAUGUAUUGCAAAAAACGGCCAGACAGAAUGGAUCCCACCUACAAGGCUGCAUCACAAUGUCUUUCGCAGAAGAUUUCAGAGCUAGCAAACCGGGAUGGAACAAAAUACGUGUUGCGUUGUCUGCAAAUGGCCCAGGUGGUCUUGAAUAGAGAUGGGUGUAAGAUCUUUCCAAACCACCCCACUACUGCUUGUUUUUCAAAGCCAGCUGAGGGAGAGGUUGUGUUGGAAGACAGAAGGAGAACACCUGGACUCUCAGAUGAUGUCCUGCAAUUCCUCUUGAAACAAACACUGACGGAACAUAGCCUUAAUGUGCCACAUGAGAAGUGAGCAAGAUGCUGGUUUGUUUCUGUCACGGGAGCUUGGCUUUCACUCUGAAAAGAGGUGACUUUCUUGGAAAGACACUGUUCUCUUAUCACUACCUUCAACACCACAUAUUCCAUGGAAGGCUUCAUUUGGAGCAGACCUUGCCACCUUGGCCUCUGCAGGGCAGCACCACAUAAGGAGCAUCAGUGGUCACCAUGUAACUGCUCGGGAUGUGCUGACUAAUUGAGAUGCACAAUGGGUGAUACAGUGUCUGUUGCUGGGACAUCAAACAUAGUGAUUUCUGCAUACCAGGCUUUUAAAUUGACCUACAUCCCUACCCCUGCUGAACAGUGGCCCAGCCCAAAUUCAGCCCCUGUGUGGGCAUGGAUGUCCAAGUGCUGUUAACUAUAACAGACUGAUUGAAUGAGCGUGGCAUGGUACACCCCAGACCUAGGGAGGAAACUUAAGAUUUUGUUCUGUACCUGACUGAUACUGUAAUGCCUGUGCCUCCACAGGAGUGCCUGAUAGCUGUGUGUGUUUACCUACAGACAUAUGAUCCCACAGAUCAUGGUUGCAAUGUGGGUGAGCUUUUUCUACAGAAAAGUGUGUGUGCAUGAGCGAGGGAAUACAGCUUCUGAGCAGGUUUUUUUUUUUUAACAGGAGGGAUAAAAAAAGAGAAAGAAAAGCUUUAUCGCCUUAGUGAUGUUUCUAACACUUCAAAUGCACCAGCUGAGUAGACUGGGGAUUUUUUCCUAUCUAUAUGAGCUGGUUUAAGAGCAACCUGAAAUAGAUUCAUGAGUGAGGGCUCUGCAGAGGUGUCCAUAGGGAAGCUGCAAAGUUGGUGCCAGCUGCCCUGGUAGCUGCCUGCUGUAAGAUGCAGAAUACCUAAGAAAAGCAGAGCUCACGUCUCAGCAUGCCCAAGACUGUGGGUUGCUUGGUUGAUCCUGUAGGCGCAAUGCUGCUUUCUCCAACUCUCUCCCUGCCCAUUAGCUCCCAUUGAUUUCUGCUACCGUGAGGUCUGAGCCCAGAGCUUUCACAGAGAGGAAGCCAACGCUCAUUGCUUGAGUACACUGUGUACUUGGCUCUGCACAAGACUUCGAGAUUACAUUCCUGGUGUGUUGAUGGAUGAGGGAAAAUGUUGUGUGAGAUGUUUGAACCAUGCCAUUGGUUGGUUACAGCAAAGGUUCACUUCUUCUAACAAGUUCUGCUGCUGUUUAUACCCAGAACUUUCUUGCUCUGAUUUUAGUUGGCAAGAUCACCACUGGCUGCAGUGGGAACUGGCCCAAUGCACUGGUUGCCCAGCUUGGGUUGUGGUUUACUAUUGCUUGCUGUAUGACAUUAAGAGGUGGCUUGAAGGACUAAUUCCCAGCAGUUGGUUUUGGUCACUGCCACCUGGAGAAUUUACAGUGCACUUGAGCUGAUGUGUUGCUAUGAAUUUGGCAGGCCUAAUUCUCCUUUACUUUGUGCUUGUGGAAACUGGGAGUGAAUCCCAAACAAAAUAGCUGCACAAGGGAUGCAGGACUUGGCUCCCUCUGUCGAAGCUUUGGUGAGAAGCGUGCUGCUGUCACGCAAGGCUGCAAUUCAGGCCCCUCUGCUCAGCAUGUGGGAGCCCUUUGAAGUGGUCAACCAGGAGCAAGCAGAGCUUCCAGUCCCUCUCUGGACAGGUUGUCAGUCAUUAAAGCUAUGCUUUACUGACUGCAGUUAUUCUUAUAAAUGUUCUGUUCUUGAGUGAUGUACCAGGCUCUAAAAGAGACACUUGGGUGGGAGAAGAUAGUUACGUGGUAUUCCUUAGCAGGGUUGCCAGGCCCACUGCUUUGAUAUAGUUUUUGCUUUGUUUCACAGCUUGUUUGGGGGGCUUGCAAGUCAAAGAAACCUUCUGGAAAAAUUCUGAGCUUUGUCUUCUCCAAACUUUUAUUGUUACAUUUUCACUAAAAUUUAGAAUAAACCUAAUUAUUUUAUGGCAGAUUUUCAUAUUUUAGGUUCUUACAGAAGCAGAGCAGAGCUCAGCUGGAUAAAUUAGUCUCCAAAAUUCCAUUGAUUUUUAAUGACAACAAAACAAGCUAAAUGUUUAGGGGAGUCCAACAGUCUUGUCAGUUAUCUGGUGUUAGGAGCUGAAACAUGAUAGAGUUUAGAACACCUGAUCAUUCCUACUGUGAAACGAACAGUUCCAUUUCUGGAGAAACACUUAAUUUUAGGAGGUGUCUCACUGGGAUCUUACAGUUCAAUCACUUUUAUUAAGUUAAACAAGACAGCAGCACAGAGAAUAACACUCAUCACUUCUUUUCCCACUCGCUGCUAAUUAAUUUUUUACAAACUUGUGCUGGAACCUGCUGUAUGUAUUUCCAAGUCUGCUGAAAGCCAAACCAUUUGUAUUACUCAUUUCCUUGAUAAACAUCUCUCCUCAAUUUCUUCAAGACACAGGGAGACAAAUGCAUCGCUCUCCUUUGCCAGGUAUUCCAGGCAAGACUCACCAAUUGCUUUGAACAGGCUGUACUUGAAAGCAGCAUAGUCCUGUUUGGCAUUUUAUGAUGCUACAUAGAAGAAAUUGUAAUAACAAAUAUUACUUCUGGUGAGCAAUAGCACAGGGGGCCUAACUUAUGUCUUUGAAUUUCUUAAGCUGAUUUGCAGUUAUAACUAAGAUCUGUUGCUUCGAAUUAACAAAGUUGGAUUCUUUUUUUCCUCCUAUUUUUGUGGGUAUUUUGCUUUUUUUGUGUGUUGCUUCUGUGACUUUUCUCAGCCUAAUACAGGGGAAUCUACCUGUGUUCUGGAUCCGCUAAACUGCUCUUUCAAAGACUACUUCACCCCCUUCUUGCAAUGGAGUCUUCAGAAAGGUGGAGGCAGCUCUCAAGGAGCAAUCAGCUUAAAAUGUGUAGGCCUGCCAGGACCCUGUGUCAAACCAGUCCUCAGCAUUGCAGAGUGGGACAGCUGUGUAACAACACCAACAUGCUUCUCACCACUGCAAACACAGCCACGGGUGCCUUGUCUUCUGCUGCCAGUUGCAGAGGCAUGAACUUGGCCAGAGCAGCUGCUCCCCACGAACAACAGUGUCCAGCCAGUGUUGGGAGAGAGGAGGACAGACCCCAGGAAGAGUGAGAGCACAGGGAGGAGGAGGAGGAGGAGGAGGGAUUUGGCAGGGGGGAAACUGCCCCAGGAGCAUAGGUGGGUGAGUAGGUGCCUCAGGUUGAGCUCUUGGGCAGCUGCUCUCCUGGACGUUGCCCCCCACCCCACCCCAGCCACUCACCCUGUAGACAGGGGAAGGAGGCAGCCCUUCCCUGGGGCAGUGAGGCUGUCCCAAGAGGGCAGAGUGCUCCCAGGCUCCUUCCCCUGCCAGUUUAAACGCAGCUUGACAGCACUUCUAUCCUGUUUCCCUUCCCACCAUCGCCCCUCCACCAACCUCCAGUUCCUUUCUGUCGUUCAUGAUGGUGCUAAUGAAAUCCCUGGAGAAGUUUUCCCUUUAAAAUGAAACAGGUCUCUUUGAGCCCAAAGAGCCUGAUGUCAGCCAGCCAGCAGAGCAAUGAACCCCCACACAACCACUUAAGGUCUCUCUCUUGGAGGCGUCCUGUCUCCUGGCUCAGUGGCUUCUUUGCUGCUUUACUCCCUCUGCCAGGAAGACAUGUGCCUUUGUGCAUGUUUUCCAGCCACUGGUUUGUCCACUGAAGGAGUGGUUUGCCAUGGUGAUGUUGCUCGCUAACUGCGGAGGCCAUUCAUUCUUCAACGUGGAUGUGUUCAAGGAAGCACAGAGAGCAAGAGGAAGGGAUGUACAGAAAGUGACAGCAUAUGAGCAAAAAAGAAAGGACAGUUGGGAUCUCAAAGGUCAGUGCCAAGGUUCCCAGCUAAUGUGGUUACUCCAGUACAGCUACCCCUCUUGCACAAGUUUUACCAUUUGAUCUUCAGCAUUUCAGUCUGGAGAUAGCUCUUACUCUGCCAGCUCAGCUGCUGAGACCUCACAUCUGUUCCCUUUCCAUGCUGCCCAGAUCCCAGCGCAGGUGUUUGUGUUUUGUGUACGUCAGAUUCCCUGCUGCAGUUUCACAUGGGGCUGCUAUUCCUGCCUUGCUGCCCCCGGCAGGUUGGCAUAGCUGCUGUGCUCUGUAGGUGUUUCCAGCAAAAGCAAUGGAAAUUUGGCUGCUGACUUUAACCAGAGCAGGAAGAGACCAAGCUGGCUGCAAAUUAUGGCCAAGAUCUUUGGAUUUAGUGCAGUCUUUCUUUGCAAAUAGAUUUAUACUGGGACUGUCUGGGUUUAGGUUGCUGUCCUUGAGUCAUCAUGAAACUGAUACAUCUGGCUUCUUGGUGGCUCUGCUUGAUAUGUUGCUUCCUUGCUUUUAUUGUAGGCAUGUUGUACUUGUGCUGGAGAGCACACAAAAUACUGGAGUAGACCCUCAGCUGUUCCCCCAGCUACUCAAGUUAAUGGUGCUAGGGGAAAAAAAGGAGUUGAGAUGAUGAUCCAGCAUAAUUUCUGUAGUAGUAAAUAUAUCCGCAGGUGCUGGUCUGUCAGAAUCCAGAGAAAAGUAUCCUGCAGGCAAAAAUUAUAGAGAAAGGUAAUACCAACUGCUUCAGCAAUAGAUACAGCUGGAAAAAACAAACGUGCUCUUGAGUGUGCUAUCAAUAAUUACAGUAACAGUACUAGCCUCUCCCUGCCAGCUUGCAUUGCUUAACCACCACAGAUCUGUCAUGGCUACAAGGGCAUUAAUACUGACUGAUGUAGGUAGCUAUUGCUAAGGAGGUACAGGGAGGAAGGAAGGUCUUCAGCGUGAAUCGGAUGUUGUUGCCUUACAAUUUUUUGCCAGCAUUUAUGCUUUUCCACAUGGUUAAAUAUGAGCUGCUGUGCAAAACAUUUUAACUGCUGUUUUAAAGGAAAUAACCUCCCAGAAAGAGAGAGCUGGAGAAAUCAGAGGACUGCAUCUAAAUCCCUUCAGUAUUAGGUUUGGUGAUGAAUUGGUCUGUGCUUUGGAUUAGCUCUGAAACCCCCUGGUCUCCUGUUCAGAUUUUUAAAAAAAGAAGAAAAAAAAGUAAAACCCAUACAAUUUCUACAAAGCAAGCUCAGAGCAAAAUAUGGGGUUCCUGUCCUUUACGAGAGGCCUGCUGCUACUGAUGUUUGAGAGAUACCUUCUGGAUUUUGAUGGAAGAGAAAAUAAGUCCUAAUGGACUCUAGUUUGACCAUACAUCAGCCCCAGAUCCAAAUGUGGUCUUCCCCACUCAUAACAAAUGUGGGGUAUCUGCCUGGAGCCCCUCUUUGGUGCUGUGAAGAGAAAGGGUGCACUCAGGGUGCUCUUCCUGGGGCUUGAAAAAACCUGAGCUGCCAUCUUUUUAUCUGCUUUUUGAAUGAGAUUUAGAAAACAUUCAAGGGAAUAGCUGUUCAUUUGUUGUUAAGGGUUUUAAAUGAUGGCAAAAUGAGGCAAUCUUAGUCUGGAAGGUACAUGUCUACACAGGCAGUUAAUCUGGGGUCCCACUGUGGGGGGGGUUGUGCUGCUUCUCUACACACCAGUGGCCAGAGGGGAAGCGAGGUGCCUCUGAGAGGUCAUGCUUCUGCAUCAGCUCCUCUGGGCUUUUGGGACUGUGCAGCCACCACCUUUAACAUCCCAGUUUUCAUAUUAGAAAUUUCUGAUGCAGCAAAGAAAGGAGUAAGAGGACUCAUUGCUCUUCAACCCUUUAGGAAAAGAGAUGCAAGCAACGACAAAACAGAGAAUAGGCAGCUGCUGGAAGAGCACAUACUGGCAGAGAGAUACAUACCAGCAGAGGAGAGCAUGAAGCUGUUCAAUUUUAAAGAGUAACGUAGGCAGAACAGACUGAGUGCAGCUGAAAAAUUUGGAUUAUGACUCACAUCUACAAAUUUUGGCUGGCAUCUCGCAGAGGACGUGGUAAGCUCUGUGCUACUGAAACACACAGUUUGAAAAGUUUGCACCCCUCACGGUCAGGAGUGCCUGUAGUAGUUCUGUGCACUGCUCACUUCCAGGUACAAUAUUCAGCUCAUGCCAAUAAGCCUGCCAAAAAUAGAUGUGUGUCUCACGCUGAGACAGAAGGAAGGGCAAAGACAGAGCCCCUUGGAAUAAAUAUCUCUGGAGCAGGUGAUAAAUUCGAUGCAGGUCUUGUCUAGAGGAGAGGGGUUUUUUUCUUAACAGUGUUUGGUUUCUUUGGAGUAUGAGUCUGAUUCCUGUGUCCACACUGAUUUGCACGGUAGGUAGACGAGAGGCUACAUUUUGAGGAAGGGUAAAUUACCUACAGGGAAAAUGGAUAGGGGAUAAUGCUCAGUUCACCACUUGUUUAGGUAGGUGAUAAUCUGGCUUCCUGGGAUGUGGUCUGGAAGUAGUUGGCCAAAGUGAUUCUCUUUGCAUGGUUAGAAAUGCUACUGCAAAGCACUUCUGGAUUCACUGCCUUCACAGACAGGGCCCCCACACUUGUUGUAAAAUGAAGGAGAGGAAACUUGUGGCCUUUGUGAAUAAAACCAGAAAUUAUGUGCUUGGGGCGUCUUCCUAGAAAACAAAUGAAAGUUCAUGAAGCUUGAAAUUCCAUUCUGGGAUUGGAGGGAAUCUAUAUCUAGGAUAUCUAAGUUCAGAUAGUUGUAGCAGUUACAUAUAGAAAGGCCUUGCACCGUGGUUAUUUUUCACCUCUUCUGAAGUCAAAGACAUGAAUCAACCCAUGCUCUUACUCCAAAGGCCCAAUGCUUUUGAAGUGACCUAAGUCUCUCUCUGCCCUAUCCCUUCAUAUAGAAAAGGGUUAACACUCCCAUGCAAAUGUUCCUGCCCUUAGACAUAUCUGGUCCCAGUGUUCAUGUCCCAGCUUUGCUGCUGCCAUGACCCGUGAUACACUGCUGAGUUUACACUAUCUGGGUAUCUGUUACUAUGCGAAAUAUCUGCCUUCUCCUGUCAUGUUGCUAUUCCCUGAAUUUCAAGUAUUUCAAGACGUUUCAGCCCUGUUGCCUUUUGGGUGGGGUUUUUUGCCUUCUGUGACUGGAAGAAGCCACAGAAGCACAGUCAGAGGCUCAUUAGUUUUGAUCUAACUCUGCUUAGCUGCCCUCAGAAGGACUGAAAUAGUGGCCUUGAAGUAUGGCCAUCCAUGGGUGGACAGAAGAUCGCUCCUUCCAGGUAAAGAACAGUUUUUUCUGGAUGUUUAAGUACUAAGAAUGGUAUGAGGACCUCAUGGAAAUGUCCCACCUUCUGUACAUUUCUCCCAAGCCUGUGCAAUAACCUCCGAGAAACUUCAUUUCCUUUUGAGGGGAUGAAGUGCUUUCCUCUGCCUGGCUUGCACUGCUUCCAUGGUUUCAGCACUCGGCAAAGCGCAGAUCAUCUUCUCAGAGGCAUGUUGCUGUUGGUUUCUCUCCAUUUGCUUUGUUUGCUUCUGUGACCCACCCCAUCAUUUUAUUUUUUCUCCACUGCAUUAUUUAAGGCAGGAAAUAACCUGUUGCCCUGGAGGCGAGGAACCUGGCGGUGCUGGACCACUUUGUACCCAAAUAUGCUCCACCACCGUGAGCUCAGUAGACAGCUGGGCUGCUUUGGUUCAGCUUUCAAAAGCAGACUUAGCUGUAACCACUGAACUUUUAGCCACUGGGCAAAAAAAUGCACCCAAAGUUAUAGUCUCCUGAAACUCUCCUGCCAGUUGUUGCCCAUGCUGUGUGCGUACUCUAGGCAGGAUGGCUUGUAAAUGGCACCUUUGCACAGGAGGAAACAUCCCUCCAAGUUGUUGUUUUUCCCUUGCUCUGGCCCAAGCGUGACUUGCCUCUCAGCAGGGCCAGCUGCAUGAUCCCAGGGCAGAGCUGCCCGGCAGGGUGAUCACGGGGGUCUUGACACCCUCCUGCCUUCCUCUUCCUGCCUGCUUCAACAGCUGUAGGAGGGAAUUUUCUGAACUUUCCCUAACUCAUGCUGCUGCAGCUCUGGCAAUUUGCACAGAAGGGAGAGCAGGGACUCCCAAUUCCUGUUAUGAAGGUUGUACACAUGCAAAUCACAUUUGUUUUCUCCUUUGUUGCAGUGACCCUGCCUGAAGCAGCAAAGGUGUCCCUCCCUUGCAGCCCAUGUUCCCUCCACCCACCUCUCCUCCAUCUCCCAGUAUGAGCCCCUAGAACUGCGUGCCCUGCACCAUUCCAGGGCUAUUCCCAAAAAGCUGUGCCUGAGCUUUGGGCUUCCCAUGAGCCCGCUGUCACCUCUGUUCAUCCCCCUGUGCACUCUGGUAAUAUGUGGAGGCUGCUUUUGCAAAGGCAUUUGGUGCCUUCCCUGCAGAACAAAUCUGAGGGUUUUUUUCCUUCUGCUUGUUCAAGAAAGUGUCCUGGCUCACAGCAGAGGAGCAGCACUCCAAGCCUGGAGUUAGGACAACACCUAAAACCCACAACAUCCUUUCGGGUUUUGUGUAUACAAGAUCCCACAAGAUCUUCAAGUGAAAUGUGUAAGUGACAUAAAAGAUGGGGACUAACAUCAGCCCCAUAGGGUAUGACAAGCAAGGCCAAAAUUGAUUUGUCAUUGCCAAGUAAGAGGAACACAGGACAUGGGGAGGAGACUUGACAUCCAGUACCUGAGGGGUUUCCCUGCUGCACAGCCCAGAUCCAAAGCCCACCUGAGGUCCAGAUGUGUGCACUUUGGCUUGGAUAUUUUCCAGCUGAGCUGGACCAGCAUCCCUCAGUGUCUCAGAGGGGUGACUCACGCUGCUUGCAGGCACAAAGUCCCCUGCCCAUGCGCACCAGCUGCUUGGAUUGCCUUGGGGCUCAUCUUUGGACUACGUCUGGCAGGCAGUGAGCGCUCCCUCUCUAUUCCCAGAAUGAACCUUAUAUAAAUGCCUGAUCCAAACUAUCUUGUCAUCCUUGACGAAUCCUCCUGCUAUUAAUUCAUUCCCCACUUUCCUUGGCUUGGAGCUCCUCCAAGAUGUUUGCUAUUGAUGGCCUUGCUGAUGCCUACUCCGACGGAAUUUUUAUUUUCCCUCCCACGCAGCUGCUAGUGGGAGGCACUGAUUCAUGCCAACGACCUGCCCGAUCCUGGAGCUGAAAGGCAGCCAGGGAGAGAGCUGAGCUCCUGCAACAGGCAGGUGCUGGAGCAGAUCCUCAGUAGGCAUCAAUGAAGUAGCUCCCAGCCUGUGAAUGGAGCCAGGGCCGUUUACACCAGUGGAGGAUCUUUGACAGGACUCUGAGGUGUUUUGGUAUGUGUGGGUAUAUCGGGACAUAUGGUUGCUAAAAUCAGUGUGUACAACAGGCAGUAUACAUCCUAUAUAAAUGUGUCUAUUUCGUUAUUGAGUGUAGGUGAUUUUGUGUGGGGCAUAUGUUUUCACACAACACAAAAGUUCAUUUUAAAAAUACCCUGUUCUGUAGGCUUUCCCUAAUGACUAUUUUUCCCCACAUAUCUAUUAGCCAACAACAUAUGCCAGCAUUCUUUCCUUAAAAGUAAAAGCUGGCACACAGCAGAGCAUGAAAUAAUAAGAUGUGAUUAAGACAGGAGCUGAAGCUAACCAAAGCCAGAAAACUCAUGGCUGAAAGGUCAAACCAUUAUUUAAAUUGCCUUUGCAAUGGCCUAUUUAUUUGCAGGUGCUGUGAAUUAUGAGGGAAGGUCUUGUAAUGAAAUAACAUCUGGCAUGGAAAAUCUCACCUCAGUUCAAGCUGAGCAAAGUUUCACUUGCACUGGAAGGUAGGUUCUUGUAAUGGGAAAUGUCAGUCAACCUCAGGGCAGGUAACACUAUCCAGCGUUAUCUGUAAUGAUGGUAUUUCUGGCUGAGACACAGUACAUGGGCCAGCAAUGCUGCUAAAGGGGUGCUAAAAUCAGCACCUCCAGCCAGGUAAACAGGAUGAUUCUGUGAUUAAAGAUACUGAGGUGGGGAUAGGGGAGAUCAGUGCUACGCCCUGCAACACAUUUUCAGUGUGACCUUCACAAAUUGGGUGGUUCUGAGUUCCCAGCAGCUUGUUCUGGGUAUCUGAGAGCUUCGAAGAAGUGAGAGGUCAGGGCAUUUACACCCACAUCUUUGUCUAACAGGAACUCCCCUAAAAAGGCUGAAGUUAGAGGUUGAAAUAAUAUGGUUUUGUGUCUGUGGUCCAGGCCGCCUUGUUGAAGAAGUGACGCAGCAUGUACUCUGUGAGGUCAGCUUGUUUUCACAUCCUUGCCCCCUCAUCCUCCCUGGGUCUAGGGGGGUCCCUGAGGGAGCAUCACUGCUCUGGGCAGUGUGUCCUCCCAGAGUGUAUAAAAUGCUUUCUGCUCAGCCUUUCAAACAUCACAUGGAGUGACUGGACUGAGUCACCCCCAGGGGCCUCCUGUCUGAGUAUGGCCAGCAGCAGCUGCCAGAAGAAAGGAUGAGGAAACCCUGGGGCAUCGCUUACGGCCAAGCCCAAGGGAGCAGGCAUGGCUGCUUGUUGGAAAUCGAGAGAGAUUGUGCCAAAGAGAAUGCCCCACAUGUGCUUUUUCAAGAGACAGGCCUGAGAACAAGGUAGUGUGGCAUCAAAGGUGCUGAGGAUCCCAGGGAGAGCUGGCAUCACCCCCUUCCCAUGGGAGCCUGGCUCCCAGCUGGUCAAGGCCACCUUUGCAAGGUCUGGAGAAGUAAGUGGUGGCAAGCUUCCCACAUUAGUACCCCUGGAUAACAGGUCACAGCUCUUGGCAUCUUCUGAUUUCCACCUUGUGAAGACAUUUAAUCUCAAAAGAGCUUUUUUCUAUAUUCUCUGGCAGGCUGUGUGCUGGCUUUGCAUCCCUGGCAGGGGGCCUGCAGCACAUUGCAAGGGUUUUGGGCUAGAAAGCUGCAGAGGCAGACGUGUGAUGGGAUUUAGAAUAACAGCAAAGAUACCCAUUGCUCUCUGCCUGGUCUUGCUGUAGGCUGCCAGGUGCCAGCUGUAGUGAACCUCCGCUGCUUGCAGUAGGUGCUACUCCUUGGAAAUUGGUGCUUUUCCAGGGAGCGUGACAGGAACCCAAUAUGUGCUCUCUGGCAGCCACGAAGUCAUGAACUUCUCAUUGAGACCAGCUAGAUGGACGGGAUGGUGAAUGAGUGCCAGGCAGUGUGGAGUUGAGUUUCUGCCAGACCGUGUUCCUCUCUGACCAGGGAGGGAUCUUUGGAGAAGGGACAGAACAGUGGCCCUGGUAUGGGGCCAUGGGAUCCAUGUGUAGCAUCUGUGUGUGGAGCUUUGGUAUGCCGGUGCUGUCUGGCUUGUUUGUACAGAGGUGGCAAAGCCAGAAGGUUUGUGACCAUGCGUGUUUGAAAAGAAGGACCUGCAUUAAUGUUGCUGGCAGAUGGAUAGAGAAGAGAGACCCAAAUUAGUGCCUCCCUGAGGGAAAGAGAAUUAUGUCAGCUCAUGUCCAUCCUGCCAACCGGUCACUCAGCACUUGUCCUGUCAGCGGUCAGCACUUGCACAGCUCCAGACUGCACCAUGCCUAACCAAAAUGGUUGAGACAAGAGGGAGGGAGGGGAGCACAGGGCACUGGAGCAGGUGUAUGGCCAGGCUGGGAUGCAGGAGCAAGCUGGGAUCCCUGGGGUGAAAGGGGACACAUUCAAAAUCAUUUAAUUCAAGUGUCAUUAAUUCUGCCUCUUGCAGAAUAGCUCUUCUACUCGGAAAAGAUUCUGAUUGUCCUUGAGUGGGUGUUUUCUUGGUUAUUGCAGGGUUGGAGGGAAAGUUUAGGUUGCAUUUGAAAGCCUUGGCUUUUGGGGAGCCAAACUUUGGGCACUCCUGCAAGGAGGAGUUACUGCCACUUGACUUGCAGAGCCACUGUCUGUUGGGCUUUUUCCCACUGAUUGUUCUCACUCCCAGCUGCUCAUUCCUAUUGACUUGAGGUAUUAUGGUGGCUGCUUUUCCAGAGCCAGGGCAGAUUGCUUUCCUGGCUGGCGUGCUGCAGUGGCAGGGAGGGUGUUUUGCAAAACAUCAAGUCAGCACCAAAAUGCGGUUCCUCUGCUUCCUCUGCCUCACUGUCGGGGUGAGUUGUCUGAGGUUCCUGGAGUCGUAAUGGGGGAGAUGAGACUGGAAAAAACUGAGGAGCAGAAAGAUGGUGGUGUCCAGUGAACAGGGGGGUUGUGUGUGAGGAAGGCAACAUCCCUGACAGGCCCCACCUUGUCCACAUGGCAUUUUGCAGAGGAAUUAUAACUAUCAUUUGCCUCUGGAAAAUUGUCCCUGCAUCACAAAUAUAGGUAGUUAUCAUCUUACCCAGGAGGGAAUGCCUGAAAACUCAUGCGUCUACAGCAAAGCCUAAAAUGACAGGCCAGGGAUGUGCUCUCUGGUGCUGGCUCUCAGCUGGUAUCAUAUAAAUGUAGUCUCUGAAGUUGAUAGAACUAGGCAAAUUUAGACUGACUGAGUAUCUGCCAGGUAUUUUCAGUUCCCAAGGCUGCCUUUAAACUUCACCUCUGAAGCCUUUUUUAUAAGUACACAGCUUUUCACACAGGGAGCCUAAAAGUCUUAAAAUCAGUGUAUGCAAAAGAAAAAAAGGAUUUUCUAAUGGGAAGACAUCUCAGCAAAAUCUCCUCUUGCAUUUUGCAGGUUUUGCUCUCUCUUUCAUAGGGUCUUUUUGUAGCUGGGUUUCUGG